UCUAUCUUUAUCGAUCACAUCACACGUUUUAACUAGGUUCAUAAUGCGAAUCUCCCCGAAUGUGAUAAUAACAGGCACGCCCGGCGUAGGCAAAACCGUUCAUUGCGAGCAACUGGCUCAGGACACUGGUUUGCGGCAUCUUUCAAUAAAUCAGGUCGCAAAAGACCGAGGCUGUUACGAUACCUACGACCAAGAAUUGCAAACCUGGGUCGUGGACGAGGACAAACUUCUGGACGCUGUUGAGGAUGAGGUGCUUCAGGGCGGCUAUCUAAUCGACUGGCAUGCAUGUGACCUAUUCCCCAAAUCCUGGAUUGAUCUGGUGGUGGUCUUACGCUGUCCAUCUACAUCUGUUCAUUACGAUCGCCUCGCAACAAGGGGUUACAAUCAAACGAAGCUACAGGAAAACUUAGAUGCUGAGAUAUUUGGUAUUUUGCUUGAAGAGGCUCGAGAAGCGUUCGACGAAGCAGUUGUGGUCGAGUUGAAUAGCGAGAAGGACGAUGAUGUAGAGUCCAACUGCGCAAGAAUUUCCAGCUGGGUAGGGUCUUGGAAAAGAGACCGGGCAGACAAAUCAUACUGAGCCUGUCCCAAUUAUCCAAGGGCCCCCUCAGAACCAGCACCGACUCUGACCAUGAACUCCACAAGUCAGAUCAGAAACGUCCGUCUGUCAACCAGCUCUGCAACUUGACCAAAGCUUUAUAUCUAUGUGAAAUACAGUUCUGCUCCAUUAUUAGCGGCUGCUGGGUGGGUCUGACGAGCCAUUUCUACUACCUUCUCCUCUUUGUCCAUUUCCGCAUAAGUCUUGCCUUGAUACUCAAAGAUCGGAUCCCAGCCUGUGUGGAGCUAGUGAGAACUGGUUCGUGUAAGUAAGAGUCGCUUGUACAUACCAAAGUUCGCAGGUCCUCUUGGUCUCACAAUGGUGCCCUUGUGUAAAGGCGUCAGCUUCCAAUGAAAGAUGUGGUGGUUCAAAUUGGACCUUACCUCUGUUCUACCUUGAAAAAGAAUUGGGUCCGAACCGGGCCCGCUAGAAAACGCGAAUGUGCAGACAGCCUCCGCAGCUCUGGUAUGGAAUG